AUGGCUGGACCAUCCACCAACACCACGCAGCGCUUGCUGCGCGAGCUAAAAGACUACGCCAAAUCACCCAAUGAAGCCCUCCUCCACCUCGGCCCAGUCGACGACGAAGACCUCCUCCGCUGGGAAGCCGUCCUCAAGGGCGUAAACGGGACACCCUACGAAGGCGGCCUCUGGCACCUCCGAAUCGCAAUCCCGUCAAACUACCCCCUCGCACCACCGACAAUCCACUUCACAACUCGCAUAUCCCACCCAAACAUCUCCUUCGCGACCGGCGAGAUCUGUCUCACUCUCCUCACGACGGAGCACUGGAGUCCCGUCUACACGCUUUCCUCCACGCUCACCGCUAUCCACCAGCUCCUGACGGAUCCGCAGCCUGACUCACCGCUGAACGUGGACGUCGCGGCGCUUCUCCGGGAUGGCGAUUUACCCGCGUGGGAGAGUGUGGUCCGGUAUUGGACGGGCGAGGAGCGGUGGCAGGGUGGUGUGGCGCAGGGACGAUGA